AUGCUAAGCGUGGUAGACCUGAGAAAUCUGACCCGAGGCGGCUGGAGGGCACCACAACCAAACCAAAAGUGGAGAGCGAGCAAGUGGGUCUACGCGCAGGCGGACUUGUGGUCGACCACUGAUCUGAAUCGUCAAGAUCUCUUGGACUGUUUUCCAGAGCUUCGCGAGUGUGUUGGCGGUAUACUCACUCCGGGCCUCCGUGAUAUCCCUGUGGUCUUCAUAGACCACCAGGACCGCUUUCUGGGCGGUCACGAGGGCGAUGAAAUGACCAACGUGGUCACUCUAUCAAGCCUCUGGAGGGUUGACCGAAAGGGCAAGACGAAACCUGUGCCGAGCGGGAGAAAAAAGAAGCCUAAACCGACCGAAACCCCGAUCCGGUUCAAGGACUACACUAUUAACAAGCCAAAACUGCAUGAUUGUCCACAACCCCUGCUGAACAUUGCCACUGAACCUCCUCCGAGUCGUCCCCAACCAUCGGGGAUGCAACCCAUUAUGGGUCCAAUACGCAUCGAUGAUGCAUUUGUUUCCGAGGCAAAUGCUCAUCCUCCACCGCCGCGGAAGACUGAGGCGCUGAUUGACGCCCAGAAAGCUGUCGGCACUGAGAUCCCCGCUGACGGCGCAUCCACAGGCGACGCAAAGGUUCAUCGUUCCCCGCCGCCCCAAAUCCAGGCACUUCUUGAUGCAGACCAAGACAAGAGACUUGUCAUGCUGCUCAUGUCCCAUGAGUCGCCACUCGGAACGCCUUGCGAUCCUAGAUAUAAAUAUUAUUGGCUUGGACUUUUUCGAGUUGCGUGGAUCCGGGACAAAGACAACAAGGAGCCGCACAAUCCGUCGCGGGAGCAUUCCUAUGGGGAUGUCAUACGAUGGAAGUUUGUAUUCUCGUAUCACUCUGGCAGUUAUCCAGAGCAGCCAACUGGAUGGUGGAAGAACGCACGAGGCGCGGCCCCAGUCCUGCUUUCUAAGGAGAAGAUCGAUCAAUACAAAAGGACGGUCCUUCCUCGUGACAUCUUGAUUACCGGUAAACGGCCUAAGAGUCCCGUAUCCGAUGGGUCCCUCUCUGAGGCGGGAACAUCCAAAGGUCUUGCAAAACCUAAUGGCGCAUCUGUGCGCGAGGAGCUCACAAUCUUUGGCACAACAGAUGUCCAGAAUGCAUGGUACCUCGAAGUCAACAAUUUCGAUCACCUUGAAUACGCUCAGGAUCCUUUCGACGUCGAGCGUUUCGGCACCGCUCUUGCCGCUCCGCGGCCCAGGCCUGGUAGUGAUGAGCCUUCUCCGGAAUCAGUCUGGAUUCAAGACGGCGCGGAUCAGUGGGAUGAUGGCGUCGUUACAACGCCGUAUCGGUCGGUGCUCGACGAGAGCGAAUACGCUGUGAAACACGUUGCUCUCAUGCGGAACAAAGCCCUAAUCGCACGAGCGUCCGAACGCUACACCGCGAUACAGGUCGUGCUCCCAUUAGAGCGACGUCGCAAUCUGGGGAAAGGAAUCAAAGCUGAUCCGUUGUUCGAACUUUCUGACCGGGUACCCCCCAGUGAUUUGCAGUAUCCUCUCGUGACGCAAUUAUCGCAGGAUAUCACGAAGUACGUGGAUAUCUACGUUGAGGAGCCUGAACAAUGCAUCAAGUACCUGCAUAUAAUGGCCUGGACGCAAGAAGGUAGCCAGAUUCCGCUGGACCUAGCCAAUGAGAAACUCGCUAUCCUGACCUACGGAUGCUCCAUCACUCUGUCAAUAACUCCCGACGAGUCGUUAGCGAAGGAACUCGAAAGCUCGGGCAAGACCUGCCUCCCAUUCGAAUUUAAAAUGGCCCAUGGGGAUCUAGCAUACGUAAAAAAACGGAAGCUUCAGCUCAAAGUCAAACGCACUGGCCCGAGUAUCAUUGUCGUCGGAUCGCUCUCCAAGGCCGAUGUAUAG